CUCACAUCGUUCUUUUUUCUUUUUUUCUUUUUUUUUGCAUUCCACAGUGUCGCUUUUCAACAUAUUUUCUAUGUAAACAUGCAUUUUAAUUUUAAAAAAAAAAAUUGCAUUUUUUUUCAUUUUCAUUCCCUUUUUUAUAACAAAAAGACAUUCUGUGUCCAUUUACAUCCAUCUAAAAUUCUCUUCUUUUUCUAGACUCAGCACCAGAUCCAUUUGGAGAACAGGCUGAGGUGACCAUGCGCACCAACUUCUGGGGAACGCUGUGGGUGUGUCACGCUCUUCUGCCGAUACUUUGACCCAAUGCUCGAGUGGUCAAUGUGUCCAGCUUUGUUAGCAAGAAAUCGCUUGACCAGUGCAGUGCUGAGCUACAGGCAUUCUGUGUCCAUUUACAUCCAUCUAAAAUUCUCUUAUUUUUCUAGGUAGUAAUUACUUACAUGUAAGUAAUUACAUGUGACCUACAGGUCACAUGUAACUCUAUAGCCUAUUUGUAGUAACGGCAUCCAGGAUGGAAACAAUUAUCUAAUCAACAUUUUAUACUGUUAUAUAAGGUUUUGAUUAUGUAAUUUUACUUUAUUAUUCUGACAUAUUUAAACUGUUGUUUCAUCUAUGGUGCUUUCCCUGAUGAGAUAAUAAAGCAGGCUAUUUUAAUUUUAUUGCCAUUUAGCAGUUAUACCAACAAACUCUAAUCUGUAUACACACAUUUUUUUUUUUUUUUUUUUUGCCAUUGAUUUAUACGCUUAGUAUUAAUUCAAACAUCCAUAAGAAAUUAGGCUAUUUACAUAUUAUACUAUUUACAUACUAUUUACAUGAAAAGAUCAUGUGAUCUGAAUACACUGGGCAAUUUUCCGGUUACACGUGCAGUACCCUUAAUAUAAACAGAGAAGGAGAGGAGGAGAGUCAGUCCUUUAUGGCUGAUCAUUCACCUGUUAUCCAGCUCAGCUGAAAAAGCAUAUUUGUUUUGAAAUGAAUUAUGAAUAUUUUUCCUGUCACUGAUAUUAGACACAUACAAGGAGGGCCUGUUCAUCUGCUUAAAACUUGUUUCCAUUAUAUACAGCUGAUUUAAACUACUUGGCAAGAAUGUAAUUUACCAUUUUUUACUUACAUUUGUGCUGAACAAUUUAAAGAAGAUGACAAACUCAUCGACUGUGUCAUCAGUCAUGCUGGAGGUCCUUUACAGAAUGGAGGAUCUUAAAUACCUUUACUUCAUGAUCUUUUUUGUCUUGUACAUGUUUGUAUUCUUUGCUAACACCACUCUGAUUUUUAUCAUAAUUACUGACAAGGCUCUUCAUAAACCUAUGUACGUCUUUCUAUGUAACUUGGCUGUAAAUGGCAUCUAUGGUGGCACAGCUUUGCUUCCAUCCUUGAUGGGUACUUUAAUGUCUCCUUCUCAUGAGGUAUCUUUGGCAUGUUGUAAGGCUCAAACAUAUUUCCUGCACACAUAUGCUAUCAUAGAAUUCACCAUUCUGUCAGUGAUGAGCUAUGAUCGCUAUGUGGCCAUCUGCUACCCGCUACAGUAUCACAGUAUUAUGACAAUCACAAGGGUGUAUAAACUAAUUGCUUUCUCGUGGGGUUAUCCUUUAGUGGCAUUCGCUUUGUUUUUUAUUCUGACUCUGCGCUUGACAAUCUGUAGAAACAUAAUUGAGCGAGUGUACUGUUCUAACUAUUCCCUUGUCAAACUGUCCUGUGAUGACACAAAUGUUGUGAGCGCUAUUGGAUUGUUUUCUGUUGUUGUAUACACUUUUCCUCAGCUUGCGAUGACCCUCUACUCAUAUGGACAUAUUCUGAAAAUAUGCUUUACUGCCACUAAAAAGUCUAAAAUAAAAGCACUGAAGACCUGCACACCACACUUAUUUGCAAUAUUGAACUACAGCGUGGGCUGUUUUUUUGAAAUUGUACAAAGUCGCUUUGACACAAGAUAUAUUCCCUUUGAAACACAAAUAGUUAUGUCACUUUAUUUCUUGAUAUUUCCUCCUAUUCUGAAUCCAGCCAUUUAUGGGCUGAGUGUUCAGGCUCUGAGAGCCAAUAUUUUUAGACUUUUUAGCUCUAAGAAUAAGUUAUUGCCUUUGAAAUAG